AUGGCGCGCCGGGGAGCCUUCGCGUGCCAGGAGUGCGGCAAGCGCUUUGCCUGGAGGUCCUCGCUGAACAUCCACGCGCGGACCCACACCGGGGAGAAGCCCUUCCCGUGCCGGGCGUGCGGGAGGCGCUUCAGCCAGAAGCCUAACCUGCUGUGCCACCUGCGCCACCACACGGGCGAGCGCCCCUUCCGCUGCCCCCGCUGCGAGCGGGGCUUCCGGCAGAAGCAGCACCUGCGCAAGCACCUGCGCAGCCACGCCCGGCCCCGGCCCGGCCCGCACGCCUGCCCCGACUGCCAGCGCGCCUUCGGCAGCAAGGCCGUGCUGCGGCUGCACCGCCGGCUGCACGCCCGGCCCCGGCAGCGCGUCCUCCGCGAGCUCAGGCAGGCCUGCGGGGAGCCGGUGGCGCGCCAGCGGGAGGAGGGCCGGGCCGGGCAGGGCCGGGCGGCGCGGCCCCGGGGGCGCCGGCGGGGCGUGAAGAAGUUCAUCUGCAGCGAGUGCGGGAAGGGCUUCACCUGGUGGUCCUCGCUCAGCAUCCACCAGCGCAUCCACACGGGCGAGCGGCCCUUCGGCUGCCCCGACUGCGGCAGGGGCUUCACCCAGAAGCCCAACCUGCUACGCCACCUGCGCUACCACCGCGGCGAGCGGCCCCACGCCUGCCCCGACUGCGGCAGGGGCUUUACGCAGAAGCAGCACCUGCUCAAGCACCGGCGCACCCACCUGGCCGAGAGGGGCUUCCGGUGCCACGCCUGCGGGCGGACCUUCCCCUCCAAGGGGGCGCUCACGCUGCACCAGCGCGCCGGCCACACAGGGGCCGAGCUCCCGGCGGGGGAGAGGGGCCGCCCCUGCCUCGGCCCGCCGCCAGGCCUCGCGGCGGAGGCAGACCCCUGGCGCCCCGGCGGGCCGGACCCCUUCCCGCACCCCGAUCUCGGCCCACAGAGCGACAUGGACGGGCAGCCGAAGCAGUACAUCUGCAGCGAGUGCGGGAAGGGCUUCGUCUCCUGGUCGGCGCUCACCAUCCACCGGCGCAUCCACACGGGCGAGCGGCCCUACCAGUGCGGCGAGUGCGGGAAGCGCUUCAGCCAGAAGCCCAACCUGCUGCGGCACCAGCGCCACCACACGGGCGAGAAGCCCUACCCCUGCCCGGCCUGCGGGAAGUCCUUCGUGCAGAAGCACCACCUGACCAAGCACCAGCGGGUGCACCGCAAGGGCCCCCCGCAGGGCUCGGCGCUGGUGGUGAAAAUGGAGGCGUGACCGGCCGGCCGACGUGGCCUGAGGUGCGGGGCUCGCCC